AUGUUGGACUUCAAGCCCCAAAAGGAAAUAGUUUACAACCGUUUCCUACCAUACAAAGAUCAGCUGGAUGAUGAAUCGAACAAGUUUCUUUCGGAGAUUAAAUAUAAUCUUGGACGUGCUGUAGUGUUCAAAGAAACAAGCCCAGGAAUACUUUACUGGAGUAACAGACUGACAAAGUAAGUUGCUUCGAAUGAUUCACCAAGUGGUGAUCUACUCCACCGUAGUAUAGCCGGUGUAUUAAAACCGUUAAAUUGUAAGCUUAACUUGGUUGAAAUUAUCUGGGGAUCAUGUCCAAAGAUAUAGGGAUUUUAUGAGGGGUCUCUGGAAAUUGGGCUACAAGUAGUUUGAGGAUAGUCUUAAUUGCUGAAUCAUGCCUGCAAGCAAGAAAUUUUUUUAAAAAAAGAAAUGAUCAAAAGUGACAUCAAGUAAACAAAAUGUCAGCCUUUCCCAAGAGGCUUUUUACAGAGGCUUUCUUAGGGUAAAAUUCUGAAAGUGACAUGGCUUUUAAACAGUGACGUAGGACAGCUAAGAAGGCAACAAGCGAUACAACGACUGGUAGAAAAUGCGACAGCGACAAACAAAAAUGCAAAUACAGUGGUAAAAAUAUUACCAAGGACAUGGCUUCCUCCUCAAAACACAAAAAGAUUGGAUUUUGAAUUUCAGACUAGAGACAUAUGUACCCCCCUAAGAGGUCCUCAGUAUAGCAAAAAUGAAGGUUCAAAUCAGGUUGUGACAGAAACCAGACCUGUUGCCUUCCAGGAAUAAUGAUAACUUUCUCAACGGAAUCCUUCACACUCCAAGGGAAAUCGAUUUAAAUCUAAAACACUCAAUUUUGGGUUACUGGUAAGUCCAUUUUAGUUACCCCCAGUCUUUAAAGUUGAACCAUGCUAUAAAGAGUUAAAGGCACACCGAAAGCCAGUGGAGAACACAUGGCUGGAGCUUGGUGCAGUUUGAACCAUAUAAGAGUCUUGCUAAUCUCCUCUGGAUGGGAUGGUAAUGGGGGAGUUACGGGUAUUGUGAUGGUGCAUUUUAAAAAAUUCCAAGUAAAAUACACAGUCAAACCUUUAUUAAGUGGCCACCCCAGGUACCACAAGUGGCUGCCAAAUGGAGGUUGGCUGCUCAAUAGAGGUUCAUCAUAAAUUAGCAUAGUCUUUACCGGUGUCUAUUGGACCAUGACCAAUCAUCACCUCCUCUCUGGGACUGUAUUUCCUCAUUAUACUUUUCAAUUCAAUUCAGUUUAUUUCUCGCAAUAUUUUAGCUAGUCCUAAGUCACAGCCUUUUUAGCGAGUUGCUUACAGUUACAAAUGUUUGUAUGUGAUUAAUUUCAAAGUUUGAGUAUGAUGGCCAAACGUGAACCAUUCAGUUUUCUAGUUAUCCACCAUCAGGCUAAGUGUAUUAAGCGCUUGUUGGUGGGUGACAACAUUAGAAGAACUCUUUUCAGGAUGGCAGAAAGGUGGUCGUCACCACUUGAUAGAGGAGGCAACUUAAAUAAUAAUUAUUAUAGAGGUUAAUUAACAUUAUUGCUUUUUACAAUAUUAUUUUGUGACUUUGAUGUACUGGCUGCUUAACCCUUUAAGCCCUAAGCGUGAUUAGCAUCAAAUUUCUCCUUGUAAUUAAUAUCAAUGCUUUGUACAACAGAGUGGUCUGAGAAUUAUGAACAUGAUCACACAAGUUGAAUUUGCUUGAUAUUUUAUCAACUUCUCCCCACUACUUCUGUUGGAAAUGAAUAGGGGUAACAAAUGAGAAUUCAAAUUUUGAUGUUAGGGUUUAAAGGUUUAAAGAACCAGUUGAGAGAAUUUGACAAAAGAUCAAAGCACUUUUGCUGUUGAGAUCAUUACCGUAUUUAUUUGAAUAAGCGCCCAACCUCGAAUUUGUGCCCACCUCGAAUAAGUGCCCAUCCAGAAGGCAGAAAAAUUUAAUAAGCGCCCAGCCUCAAAUAAGCGCCCACCCCACCCCACCCCACCUCUGUCCCCCUCAAACUAAAACUCAAAUAAGCGCCCACCCCCUUUCUGGUCCCGUCCACCAAAAAAACCUUAAAUAAGUACUAAUAAGAGACUUGCACGACGACGGAGUUUUCUUCAGAGUAUUUUACAGAAACCUUGCUUUGUUACAUCUUCGCGUUUUAUUGUUACCAUUUAUUGUAUUGUUGCAAAAUUAACAUACUACAUGUGCUGAAAGUGUGAAAAUUUAAUAAGCGCCCAGCCUCGAAUAAGCGCCCACCUCGAAUGAGUGCCCACUCUCAAGGUCCAAAAAUUUAAUAAGCACCCAGGGCGGUUAAUCGAAUAAAUACGGUAUUCUCGUUAUUGGGAUGUUAGUCACUCUUGAGAUUAAAAUGGUUAAAAGAGCUUCAACUGACUGUAAUGUUACAGGGUUCUCAUUAAGUUUUAAAGUAGACAGCUAGGAUGUAAAAUUAGGUGGCUUGCCAAUUGAGUUUUGUGAACAAUUUCAGGCUUUCACUCUCUCACUUUACCCUAUUUCCCCAAAAAGUAGAUGGCUCAAACCUCCAAGUAGCCGUUUUUUUAGCUGGCUGCCAACACUUAAUGAGAACCCUGCUGUUAUGAAAUGAGAAAUUGUUGGUAUGUUAAGAAUCAUAAGCAUCCAGUAUGCUUGUUGACAGUGAUACAAGUACAUUAAUUUAAAAUAUUAUUAGCCCUUAGGUGGAAAAGUAAAAACAACUGUAACUGAAAAUUGAGGUGACUGUUUUUGUUUUAAUUCUUCAGCUAUUUAAAACUGUAUGGAAGAAAAUUUUCCAAGGAGGACCAUCUGAAGUUUGUCCACAUCUUUUUUGAGCUGACAACAGCACCUAAUUUGGAUCCUCAGUAUGUCAUUGCAUUCGGCCAUGUCUUAAUUCUCCUGCUAAAGUAAGUGGAAUGAUCCUAGCAUACGAGUGUGCCUUACAUAGUUUCAUUUAGUGAAGAUUUGCCAUCUCUAACAGUGAUUUUGUUACAAAUAGUUAUGUUCAGUCCUGAGACUCAUCUUCAGAAAAAUCAUGAGUCCUUGUCCAGAACCAUCAAGUCCCAGUUUUAAAGCAACGAGCCCCUGGGUCUUUAUGUAACCACACAGUUAAUCUGAAGACAGACUCCAAAUCUCUGUAUUACAGUUUACUGACAUAAAAAUGUCUCUCUCUAUUGUCAAGCACAACAAAGACUAAAAAGAAAUAUGAGUUGUUAAACAACAGCCACAGAAAUCACACAAACAGGAUAUUCUACAAAAACAUCUUAUGGUCUGAUGUUACAUCUUGUGGGACACAUACCACAUUCGCACAAAUUAGUUUGCAUUUUUGGGAAUUUUUAUGUAUCAGGGAUGCUGCACAAAGAAGUAAAUGAAUGCUUUCAUUCCCUAAUCAAGGUACAAUUUUUACUAAGUGAGAACAAUUAUUCAUGGUAUGCAUCCUGUUUACGUAUGAUGUGAAGAUCAAGCAAUUGAUCUGAAGGAAGUAGAUGCAGAUGUAGAUGUUGUUGUGGCUGCUGUCAAAAACUGCCUGUAGAUUAAUGGUCUGGUUACAUCACAGCUAAAGGAUUUUCAGUUUUUGAGAACCCACCCUGUUUUGAACUAGGACGCAGUGGUUCUGGACUGACAAUCAGUAUUUUUCACAAGAUGCCGUAUUUUUUCGGUUAUAAGGUGCAGCAUUUUUUCAAAGAAGUUUUGCUUAAUCAACCUCGAUCUGUUCCAAAAUCAGGGUGCAUCUUAUAGCCAAGUAUUUUCAUGAAACGAAAUGCAAGAAUGUCCAAUUUUCUUACUUUAAACUGGUAUAAAACAAAAAAUAGAAAAAAUACAAAGUUUAGAGUAUUGGUUAUUGACUUUACUCGACUUGGUGGUUCUGAAAAGAAUCAGGAGGGCUCUGAAAAGAGCCGUUUUAAGUCCCAUGACUCACCAUAGCUAUUUGUAGCAAAAUCACUGAUUUAUUGAGCUAACCAGCUGAAGCAAUGUUCCUUAGCAUUUCUUGAUGUUAAGGAUUAAACAGGUUAUUUCUUCUAUGAUCAAUUCUUUUAGGAAGCGAGAAUUGCUGUCAAGAUCUGACCUUGUGUUACCAUGGAGACCACUUUAUGAUCUUGUGGAUUUCACAUUAUAUUCCAAAUAUGAAAUUUCCGGACUCAAGAAACAUCCCCUGUAAGUGAAAUGUUCAGUAUGACUUUGAACUUGCAUGUACAGAACAUGACGGUUAAAACGUAUUUAAACAAGGGUGAACUCGGUGCUUGCAAGAAUCAUUCAAGAAUCAUUACUAUUGAUUGACUCACUAAAAUUGACAUAGUUGUCAGAUUUUGGUGCUUGUCAGUUGUCCUUUUAAGCUUGAAAAUUAGCUCAUUCUAUUUGGAAAAAAUUAAUGCCUAUUUGUAUUCAAGUUAUGAAUUUAAAUUUAAAGGUGGUUAUGACCGUUGAUCUUUUUUUAUUCAUACAGAAAGCUUGAAGAAACAGUCAAGCAUGUUGUACGUGUUUCGAGAGUGUAAGUAUUAAUGUUAUAAAUGUUGGUGUGUGAGGCUGUACUAUUAGAAAAUUGAGGGGAGCCCAAUGCUUUGAGCUUGUGAAAUCCAGGGUACCCAGUGUAGGAUUUCUAUGAAACAACUAAGAUUUCCUAAUUGACCUUUUGGAAAAGCAAAAGUAAGACACUGGAGGCCAGAGGGCACUACUUGAGCUCAGACCCAUGGUUUAAUAUAGAUGACAUUUAAAUAAAGACUAAGAGGGCAUCAAUGAUUUUAAUUCAAGCAGAAUAUGGGUUAAUGAUAGUCGUGCUGGUGCAUCAAAUCCUAAACAUAAACAUUCAUUGUUGCUUUUGUAAAUGAAUUGUAACAAAAACAACUUUGGACUUUUGAUGUCUGUACAGUGUAAUAGGGCUUGCUAAACUGACCAAUCAUAGUGCACAUACAAGCUGAGAGAUAUAAUAAUCAAUUGUUGCUUUGAUAUUCAGGUAUUUUUCUGAGGAGUCCACCCAAGAAAUGCUUGAUGAAUGGAGACCACUGCUGUGUCCUUAUGAUGUGACUUUUGGCAAAGCAAUGUUUUACUUUUCAUUGUUUUUGCCCACCACUUUGCCUCCUGAGAAGCAUGACAAAGGUUUUAAGUAGGUAGUCCUUUAAAACAAUAGUUUAUUUCUGGAUUCAAAACACUGAUGUAGUAAGAUGAGUAUUAAUAAUAAUAGAGUAAACCUUUAUCACAAAAGCACAGUCACCACUUUACCUAAAAAUGAAGAUAAGCAUCUUGCAUGUUUAAAUAGCCUUGUAGUUAACAACUUGAGAGUGAGUUCAGUUGUGUUAGACAUAGUUUUUUGUUCUCUUGAUACUUAACCUUGCAGCCACGUUCAAUGGAUCUACUGUCGGUAUCGAUAACUAACCUUAUUUUGUAAAUACACAUACCAUGUAUAUUGAAUUAAACUGUCGAGCAAUACUUGAUGUGUAAUAUGUCACAUAGACUCGAGAUUUUUCUUAUCAUAAUGUAAAGCGCAUUGUGGACAGAAAUGCUCUUAAUAAGAACCAUUAUUAUUAUUAUUACUAUUAUUAUUGUUAUUAUUAUUUAGAUAAGAAGGGUAGCACUUGCUCAAUUUGAAUAAAUCUUGUUUCCUUUUUGUAGUUUAUUGGAUCAUGCCUAUUUAUUUAUUGCAGAUUGUGGUUUCAUGAGUUGUUGGGUAUUUGGCAAUCAUGCACAAACAGUGCUAGGUGGGAAGAGGUAGGACAACUUACCACAAAGCCUUCUCCCUGUUCUUGAUAGUUGCUUUAACUGAUAACUAAAUCCUCCUUAAAAGUGGUUUCUGAUAUGAGUAGUCAUGAUAAGUAUUAUGAUGAUGAUGAUGAUGAUAUUUACCAUGAUGAUGAUGAUGAUGAUGAUGAUUAUGAUGAUGAUGUUGAUGAUAAUGCUUACCUUAUUAUAGGAAAUUAACGCUCCAUGAAAUUAACGCGAAUCGUUAAAAUUCGUGUUAAUUUAAGUUGCAUUAAUUUUGUUGAGCGUUAAUUUUGUUGAGCGUUAAUUUCCGCGACGUUAAUUAAGUGCAGCGUUAAUUUCCGAGCUCUUAGUUUCCAGUAUUUUAACCCCAAUUUUGGAACCUGUCCAGACAUUCUUGACACCUGAAAAACAUUAACUACAAGCUUUCUUUCUUUCAAUUAACCCUUUAUUUUUCAUCUUUCACAAAAGCUAAGGCGAAGGUUUACAAUAUUUCGAGUUUAUCUUCAUCGUUGUCACUGUCAGAAGUGAUGUCAGCUCAGUUUUGUUCAGUUUUGAAUUUUUUUGCAUCCAGUGUUGAAAUAAAUUUGUUCCAGUUAUCACCACCAACUGUGUCUUAAUCGCGUUAAUUUCCUUUAUUAUGAAAUUCUACCUCCUCUUUCGCGUUAAUUUUAUUUAUUCGAAAGUCGUUUUCCAUUAAAUUCGCGUUAAUUUAAGUCGCGUUAAUUUCCAAUACCUUAAUUUCAUGGAGCGUUAAUUUCCUAUAAUAAGGUAUGCUGCUUCUGUUGCUACUGCUGAUAAUGAUGAUGAAAUUGUGCUUCUUUAUUGUUAUGUACAAACUUCAAAAACAAAAAUUCCAAAUCAUGAAAACAAUCUUGAGUACUUCUCUUUGAGGUUUCAUUCGAUUGGUCAUACAAUGUAUGAAAUGAAUUUUUCAUAGACCAAAAGUUAGAAUUGGUCAUAACGUACAACAUAACAAGCAGUGCCACAAGGAAGUAUUGCCGAAGAGGUUUCAUGUAAUUGGUCACUCUGUAAAAUUUCAUCCAUAGACUCAAAAGCAAUAGCAAAUAAUUAUCAUAACUUAUUUACUGGUAUCCAUAAUUUAUUUCAUAAUUUUUUUUGUUAUAUUGCUUUUAGUCCUGCCUGAAGUUAUUUGCAAGGCUAGCUAAGGACAACAUUGGUUUUGUCGAUUGGAGUCCAUACCUCCCAACUGUAAGUGACUUCCUAUAUUUAUCACAAUUUAUGGACCUUUUUGGGGGCUGGUCACUUUGUUAACUGUGAGGUUGGGCUGGCCAUGUUGAGAAAGCUUAGAAGAAUUUCAAUCCAAGCCCCCACUUCAUCCUUGCUUUUUAGGAAUGACCCCCUAAAAUUUUACGUAAAUUGUAAAAGUGACCCCUAAGAUUGGCAUUUACCAUUUAAAGCUGUUAUAUUCAAUUUCAAUUUAUGCUUGUUGGUGCCAUGUACUACUUUCAUGAAAUUUAUCGAAAUGACUCUCCAGGUAACGCUCCAUUAUCUGAAAGUGACUUUCUAGAACCAAUCAAGAUUUUCAAAAUGACCUUCCCCCCCAGGCAAAUGGCCAGCCUCCCCUCACAAUGAAUAAGCAACCAAACACUUGAUCUAAUUCCUUUCCAAUAGAGACCAAACCCUUAAGCUAAUAAAUAAAAUGUUGUCUUCAGGUGUUUACUAGAAUUUUGAGGAACUUUCAUCUUCCCAUCGGGAGUAAUACUCCAGUUACCGCUGUUAAAGAUUAUUCAAGUAUCAUCAGCUCUUUUGUUGUUUGGAUUGUCAAUUCAAUGGUAAGUACAAUUUGUUAGGUGUCAAAACCACCAUGCCCACCUCUAUAAAGCUCUGACAAAUCCAAGACAGGACUUGAAGAAAAUUUGAAUUUCAUCUUCUUCUUAGGGCUUGUGGCACUCAAUAGAGAAGAUAAGAUACACUGUAUAGUAUGAUGUCACAAAAAUGAAAUUUGCAAAAUUAUGGGAUUUAUUGACUUAUUCAGAAAGAACAAGAUGAGUACAGCCUCUUUGCAAAAAAUCUGUUAAUGUAAAUUGAUGGGAAGAUAUAAGCACCAUUAUGUUCUGAUAAGCCAAUAAAAAUCCUUGGAAGAUUGGCUCGGAUCAUAACACUUACGAUCAAGGCCUAUUUUAGAAGCAUUGAAAGUAUUUUGAAAUGUUUGUGUUUUUUUUUCCCUUAAAACCCUGACAGCAUCAUUCCAGUCCAGUCCAAGAGCAUCUUUGUAAACUGUUCAAAGCUCUGGAAUCUUUUUACCAUCCAUCAAAUAAUGGACGCUAUUCAGUAAGUGACAAGUAAAAUCUCUAUACAUUGUAGUCAGUCUGAUAGAAGGUGAGAAAUUGGGAAGAAAAUAUUGAUUUGAGGAGCUUGAUAUCCUACAUAGCAUUUUUAUUAUAAGUACCAUAUUAUUUUCAAUGUGUCUUGUAAUUUAAUGUAGAAGAAUUUUGUAUGUACCAUUCAAACAAGUAAUUAGUGGUUUGAGAUUUUUGUGGUCAUGUCCUUCAUUUUCAUGCAUGGUACUGCAUAAAAACCAAGAAAAUUGACUUUGUGUUAAUACCUUACAGUGUAUUACUGUUUUUUUCAGGGAAAACUUCAGAGAUUUCUUUACAAUUUGCCCAAAGAAAUGAUCAAAAGACUUCACAGGUAACAAUAUUUAAUAACAGGUUUUCCCCGAUGCUAAAUGUGGUGAUUUGCACCUCACUAUUAACCCCUGGUCCUUGUGCCCGUUCUUGUUGUGGUUAUCAGGUACAUGAAUGAAAUUAUAUAGCAGGUGGAUCUAAUCAAUAAUAAUUAUUGUACUAGGACUGAAUGGAAUCCAGUCUGCUUUAUAAUUUGAUAAUAUGAGUGGUUAAAUACCCAGUUUGUUCAGUCAAAGGUACGUGUAUCAUUACAGGCCACACUUGACAAUAUAAAGUUCUGUUACAUCAUAGUUUUGCCCCCUGAAUCAUCAGAAGAAAAACCAUUUUGCCUACUCAAAUUAUUUUUUUUUCCUAGGGAGAGGUUUCCAAAGAACUCUUGGGAAACUGCAAUCCCUGAUGAGUCUAAGCUAACAGAUGAAGAAUUGACAGCAUUUGUUGAAUGCCUUAAACCUGCGGUUAUGUUGGCUGUGUUCAACAAGAGUGGCAGCUUUGAUGCAGCUGGAGCUCUCCAGAACCUUGCGUUAAUAAAACCUGAUGUGGUUCUGCCGACUCUACUGAAUAAGUAAGUUGCAUUAUUUAAUUUGAAUAAACCCUUCCACGUCUAUUACAUCUUUUGACUGGGACCAAUUAGCAAAAAUCCAUCGAUGCGGCUGAAAAGGACUUAAAAAAUUAGUAAAGAUGCCUAGUUUGAACAUAAUUUGUUGAAGACUAACAAGGAUAUAGCCCCUCAAAGUCACUGAAUUUUGCAGUAGUUUGUAAGUUUGUGCCCCCCACCAUACAAACAUCUAUGGAACAAUAUCUUUGCUUGCUUUUAAUGUAUCACCUUUGAACUUGGUCAGUGUACCCAUUUUAAGUCACUCCCUCCAGCAGUAUCAAUGGAUAUAUGCUAACUGGUCUUCAUCAACACUUAAAGAAAAAGAAACACAUGGAAUGGUCUAUUCUGAUGACUUAAACUGUUACCCGGACCUGACAUUUUAUCUGUUUUUAUUACUUUUAAGGUUAUAUGUUGCUUUGGGAACCUUAACUGAGCCACAUCAACUAACUGCAACACUGAACUGUGUGACAUCUGUAGCCAGAGCACUUGUCAGACCCGAUGCAUCAUAUCCUGCUGGCCGUAGUCAUGUUCUUCCUUUACUGCAGCUGGUAUUACCAGGAAUAGACCCAAAUGAUUUUCGUAAAGCUUUGGUGAGUACUACUCUCAAGUGGCCAAAGAAAUACAUGCACUGUGGUCGCUCAGAAGAAGUUAAGAAAUUUUUCUAGUCUACCCUUGUAUUUAUCUAAUUCAACAAUGCUUCUAGCAUAAUUAUUUUUGUUUAUUGAAAAGCACCAUCGGUUAAAUUAAUGUUAAUCUGGGUUUGUUUUUCUUUUGUUCAAAAGUAUUUUCUCAGAUAAUUUUGUCCAUUCUUUGUAGAGCUCCCAGUCAUAAAAUUGUAGACAAAGUGAAUUAAACUGAAUUUGCUUUUUAAGCUUUCAUAUUGCACCAACCCUGGAUUAUUUCAUCCCAGCAUUGAACAACACAGCCCAGAAGUUUUGCAAGUAAUAUUUUCAGUAAAAGGGGCAACUGGACUUGCUGUACACACUGUAGUUCAUCGUUGUAGUUUUCGUCUUUUGCUGACAAAAUGAUCUCUUUCAUUUACUGAUGGCCUUUCUUGUCACUUUGCAGGGAACCUUCAUGUUCAUCUCCACUGUUGUUUGCUUGGUUCCGGUAGUUGACUGUUCUGAGGCUGUUGGAGUGGUGGAAAUGACAGAGGUUAAAAUGAUAACAUCUUUCUUACUCUGAGCAUGUAGAAACAAGGAUUUAACUCAGCAACCAUUCUUUCUUUGCUUCCUUGCAUCUUUCUUUUAGGAUGAAAAAGAGUUAUGCCUUGCAACAGCUCAGUUUGAAGACUUUGUAUUACAGUUUAUGGAUAGGUAAGAUAUGAAAACACACUGUAACAAUAAUCCACACUAUCGUUUAGUAUCCCUCUUACAACCACUUUAUUAUUGCAAGCGAAUAAGAAAGAUCAAGCUUCUGCACUAUGAGAGCAGCAAAUACGUCAGUUUGAAAAGUGAAUUGUCAAAUCCAAACAAAUCUUCCUAGUGUUAUAUUCUUAACAACUGCACUUAAGACUUUCAGAAAGAAAAAGAAACUACCAUUGAACCUCUCCACAAUGACCACCUUUGGGACAGACGAAAGUGGCCAUUAUAGAGAGUUUUAAACAAGAGUCAAUGUAUGGACUCUCCACCAAAAAAGUGGCCAUUGUAGAGAAGUGGCCCUCACUGAAGGUUUGACUGUAUCCAUUGCGCAUUAAGUUGAAGUUUGUUUUUUCAGAUGUUUUGUCAUGAUUGAAAAUUCAUCAUUUGAGAACACUUCGGAACUGGACAGUAACACAAUGAAAGCUGAUCAGCGACACUCUCUAGAGGGCAUGAUGGGAAUGGGUGUCGCCUCAACUUUUCAUGCUAUUCUUAUGCAGAGUUCACCCAAGAUCUUCCAGGUGAGGGCAUUCGUUAAGAAGCGUUAUUCAGUAAAUCAUGGCAGCUGGGUAGGGUAUGAUUCACACAGGGAUGCAGCUAAGGGAAAGCCAAGCAGGCCUUUAUAUUUGUCAAGCUGGCUUUUUUACUCAAAUACAUCUUCAAAGUAAUCCCAUGUCUUUGUUUUCUUAAACAAUUUGAGCAAGUGAUAAGGUCUUUUUCAGCUGGUGAAAUUAGCCGGUAGCUGGCUCUUAUAGACAGACCUGUUCACACGACUAAUAACUUCAUGUGCGUUGACUGAGUCGCUAAAAACAAUAACAGAUGUGUUUUUAAAGGCCAAUGAAAAUAACUUUUUCUUAUUCCCCACAUUACAGGCCAAUCAUGUAUGCAGUGAGAGUAGUUUAGCCUUAAUGAACCUUUUUUAACAGGUAUCAUGAGCUGAAGGUGGCUUGCUAAAAGAACCACUUUACACCAAAGAUGUUAGAUAAACCUCUAUUUACUCUUAAUUUUUUUCAUGUUUGUCCUGUAGAGUGCCCUUGAUCAGCUGUUUGCGUUUUGUGCCAAUAAAGUUCUUGAAACAAAGGUGGCAGGGAAGAUGGCAGCUGAUAUGUGUCGAGCUGCCGCCAGGGUGGGUACAUAUAAAACCAGUAAUGUGUAUACUAGUUAUUAAAACCGUCUGCUUUCCUUUUUUCUUCACCUCCCCUGUCAAUGAAAGGAAUUGACAAGACUGUGACUACCCCCCUAAUUUUCAUCGAGCUGCGGCCAGGAUAGUUAUACACAAAACCAAUAAUGGGUAUGCCAGUUAUUAGAUAGCCUGUGUACGGACUCCCCCCCCCCCCCCUCCCUGGGGUGUUUGUACACAGGCCAGUUAUUAGAUCCAUCCACUUGAAUCCCUUUCUCUUCACCUCCCCCCUGAUGAUUAGCAAGUGUGAACCCCCUUAAAUUCUGCAAAUUUCUGAGGUGGGGCGGCCUUUUUUUUCCACUCAGCAGCAAAAAAUAUAUUAGUAGUUUCUAAACUUUGGUUGUGCGUCAUUAAUAAAUAAAUGUCUUAUCCCCUCCCUCCCUUGGAAAACUAAUUUUUUAGUAGGUGCGAAGAAAGCGAGGAUUAUUCAUUCUAGUAUGUUUUCAUUUACCUAAAUGUAUUUUAUUUCUAUAUUUAGACAAACGCGCCGGCUACUCUCAAGAAAUUUGUCCCUCAUUGUUGUUCGGUCAUUGAGCAUUUGACGUCUGGUGAGUGAUAGACUGUUAGCAACCAACUCUUUCUCUGUAAAAUUGUAGCGUUAUCACUAACACUAACAUUUUUUAAUUCUCCUAGUGGAAGGUGUAGCGGAAGAAGAAGAAGUUGAUGACCAGUUGUUGUGGAAUCUCCAGAUUUUGUCCGAGGUAGAUCUGAAGAGUAGAGCUCCAUGCGAUUUACACACGCUAUUAUAAAAUGGGUGUGACUAUUGGUAUAAUGCUGGGGUAGUUCUGUGAUUAGCCUGUUCCCACGACGGCGACGGCAACGGCAACGAGAGCGUUAAAAAAAGCAAUAGUUCUAGAUUAGCAAAGCAACUUUACACGUGCAUCACGCUUUUUGUACAUUUCUUAGCCGUCACUGCACGACUACGAAGUGAAAAUGCCUAAUUUCACGUUGAGGAAGUUAACAAGUGAGGACAAAAUUUUCUUUCCCCUUAUGAACUUGGUCAUUGUUCUCUUCACUUUUGAAGAGACGUUUUCGCCGCUGUCGCCGUCCUUUUAUCUUAAGGUCCCUCUUCCAUUACUUGGCUCUGCGCGCACGCCCCCCACCCCCCCCGCAUGCUUACAGGGUCUCUGCUUCUCUCUUUCCGCCCCUUUUCGCUGUCUCUCUUAUUCGCUGCUCAGCCAAUUUUUUUGGCGAUGACUGAGAGCUUGGCACAGGCUAUAGGUUAUGCUGUGAUGGACUAACACCCUUUUUUCUCUCACCUCGACCACUUGAGAACGGUCAAAUGACAGAAAGUUAUGAAAAAUACUGCAAAGCUAGGGUUGGGCACGAAGACCACCAGCGCUGAUCGGCAUGAGUUGGGUUUCAAAGAAGAAACAUCGAUCCCGCUUCAUUUUUAACAAAUAUCAGUGUAACUUAAUACCCACAGUGGAAAAUUUUGCUAUGAAACUUGUUGAUGGAACUGAAUGGGGUCAUGUACCCUGACCCCAAAUAAUACUGAAACAAUUGAAAGAAUGACGUCAUUGUUUUCUGCGACCAAUCAGGAGAGACCUUAGGAGCAGCUCCUACACAACUGAGCGAAUAAAGUCAGGCUUAAUUUUUUGUCUUUCAGGUUGUGCGUUCCAGUGGGUCGCUAGAGUACAAAGAUAAGCUCAUCACAGCUAUUAAAAGUACAAUUCAUUUGAAAUGCAAAGAAGCUGCCACUUUGGGAGCAACGGUUGGUAGCUUUUAUCUUUGAAGAACAACAAAAUACGUGAAUAAAUUCUGACUUCCAUUUGAAGGUGGUAUACAAUCAACUCUCUCUGAACAGACACCACUAUGAGACGGACACCUCUGUAAAACGGACACCUAGAGUUUGUCCCUGCCUUUCUUUACUCCCUUUUUUGGACUGUCUUUAAGAUGGAUCACGGUUCAUUUCCGGUCGCCGAGUAUGAAUGUUUAUUGACUAGCGUUAUCUUGCGUGAAAGCAGAUGGUUUUCCUGGCUAAUAAUCUUUACACCUCUCAAAUCGAUGGAGUGGCCUGCGUCCUUAGCGUGUUCAGACACAGCAGACUUGAAAUCGCAGGUGUACGUUUUAGCCAUUGGAAGUAAAAGAAAUGAGGUAGAAUUAUUAAAAGUAGCUGAGUGAGUUGAAGCAAGUUCAGAUGGAACGAAUUUAAAGAUAAUCAAUCAGAGCAGAAAGUUUGUUUUGCUAUUGUCUAUAGAGUACAGUAGACGCAAUGAAAUAGAGUUUUAGAACCUUAAUUCAUUAUAGACUCUUCUAUCCUUUUCUGUAUUUGAAGCUUCUAGAGCACUUGUUACGGCCACUAGCCAAGAUUUACCCCAUGGAAUGGAGGAGCGUACUUGUCGACUUCGGGACGCCACCGACAGAGCAUCUGUUUAUCAGGGUAAGAAAGCAAGAACAACUAUCCCUAGGAACCUUUUAAAACUGCUUUGGUUUCGGCUUGCCGUACAACGUUAUCGGCUGAAAAGACUCGUGCGCUUUCUUAACCAGUCAGAAUUAAAAUAACAUACAAUUGUGACUUGCCUUUUUCUCAACACAUUUUUGAUUGGCGCACGCUACAUUGUGUUCCCCAGGGAAAAGAGGCCUCUGUUAGCAAGGAAUACAAUGUGUUUUCUUCACGUUCUGAUUUGUUUACUGAUAGACGUUGUAAUUGGUCAGGGUCAUAGCCUAGGUUUUUUCCCGCCCUUAGCACCCGCUCUCUGUUGCCUCGAAUUCUGAUUGGUUGAUCGUUUUUUUUUUAAACUCGGUGUUUUGAUUGGUCAUGUUCAAGACACUUGAUACUUCUAUUAGAAAAAAAAGGAAAAUGUUGUAAUAUUCUUUUUAAGUGCAGGCUUAGCCUCGUAUUAAGAAGCCAACUUCUCACGACUUGUUUAAUCAGCGCAUUUGCAAACAAACACCAUUACCAAGUUGGCAUUGUGGUGGUUUAGUCUGUGUAAUUAUGUUUGCAUUUUUUACAAGUCACAAUUACAAAAAUGAAACAUUCCGAUAGCUCAGUCAAUCAUGGAUUACUCAUUAAAUAAAACUUUGUGCUUUUUUUGUCUAACCACGCAUACAGGAUUGGGGAAAACCAGGUGAUUUGUUCAACUUAAACAUUCAGUGGCAUAUACCCUCGAGGGAAGAGAAGCUAUUAGCAAAGGAUCUGCUAGACAUGUUUUUACAGCCUGAGCUGACAAAACUAGAAAGAUUCGUAGAUGAAUCGCUUACCCUCUCAAGGUGAGUGUCUUGGUUUGUUGUUCUAUGUUCUGCUUAAUUCUUUUAUGUCUUUUUGUGGACAAAAUAAACGAUUCACAGAAAAUGCCUUAUUUCUUAUUGGAAAAUCUUAGGAUUUGAAAAGAGCCAUUCAAAGGUUUUUCCGAGGAGGUCUCCUUUGAAUUUUUAACAUCAUAGGAUCCCGCUCACAGGUUGAAAAGCUAGGGUGAAAAAUAAUUUCGCCAUAGCUUGAUCCAGAAAACAACUUUAAAAUGUAAUUUCCUCCACCUUUUGCCACCCCCUUUCUUUAAAUGUCAAAUAGAGACCUUCGGCGGCCACUGCGACGACAACCGCAACGACAUUGUCAGAAAGACCUUUUUCCAGUCACAGUUUUGUUUUACGCAUUUCGAGUGUUUGUUAAAAAUGACAAACUUCUUUUUCUUCUUCUUCUUGGCUCUUGUCUCAAAUAAGUGCCAUAUCAACUAACUUCUGUAUCUUCCUGUCUGAUCUCUAUCAACCUCGUGUACUUUUAACGAGAACUGAAAAUCAAGACAUUUUUCUCUUUGGUGGCUAUUUUCUUCAUUCUAAUAACCCUCAUGAUUUAGCCUUUCACACGUCGAUACAUGUAUUUUGGCGUAAUUCGCACGACAAUAACGGCGAUUUUAGCACGAUCCGACUGCUAUUUUCGUUUGUUAAGAAACGUUUUUGACAAUAAGAGCGUUCGUGGAAAGAAAGCUACGAAGCUGCACUAAAUUUAGUUCAUCCUCAAAUUUGCAGCGACUUGGAUGAGACAAAUGCCGCUGAAAACGCUGUUUACGCGCACGAUUUGAGUUUGCAAUGAGAUUGCAGCUUUUCUCACGCAACAGUGAAAUUACCCGUGUAAACGGUCCUUAAAGAGGUGAUGUUUUUAAAUUUGUUUUGCCUUCAGAGAGGAGCUUCAGCAGAGUCUGAAUAUCAUCAGUGGCUGCCUAUCAGGAGCUUCCAUACUGCUGCCUGACUGGACAAGACCUCCACUGGAGAACUUGUAAGAGUUAGUUUGUUAGUGCAAAUUUUAAAAACACCAACUUACAGACAGACUUGGUUGGGUGAAUUAAACAACUUAUUACAAUGUUUUGGCGUGUGAUUAUUUUGUGACUCUGUCUGGAGAGGGCGUUUUUGAUAGUUUAGGUCAUUUGAACAAAACGAGUCAAAGCUAUAAAGGAUCUACAAGUAUAUUUGCUAAAAGUGGUCUGUUUUGAAGUCAAAGAAUCACUUAUCUUUUUUUUGUAACCUUAAGUUUUGCCGUUGAGUUAUUGCCAUGCAAUAGUUUUCCCUGAUCUUAAAUAUUGCUGAUCUUUCAGAGGCCUCAAGACACUAGUAGGGAGGGGACGUUUUCAAAACACUGUGUCAAUGGAACCAGGUAGGUAUUUGUCUUACAGUCUACUUGAGAAAACAGCCGACAUUUCGCGAAGCCACCGACCAUUUCUCCGCAAAAUGACGUCUGAGGUACGAGUGCAAGAAUUCCAUAGUGAUGACGUGUUUCUACGUUGAUCUGGGUAUUGCUUUUUAUUGGUUGAUAAUUUGCUUCAGCCAAUCAGGAGCACAUACAACCCAGAUCUGGGUAGUGACGCGUCAUCAGUAUGGAAUUUCUGCGGUCGUUUCUCAGACGUCAUUUCGCGUGGAAACUGCAGAUGGCGUCGCGAGAUGUCAACUGUUUUUUCAAGCAAAGAAAAGAAGACAAUCUCACGAGGUAGUACUCAAACUGCUUUAAAGUAAUCUGCAUGUUUCCCUUCUUCAACUUAUUUGUUUUAUGUUUUAGACGUGUCUAUGGGUGAACACAAUUCACGGGCACAGAUAGCAGAGACGAUCCACAGAGUGCUAGGUAACUUUUUGCUUUUUUACUUUGUUACUCGUUUGAAAUAAAAGCAACCUUGUGGUUAAAUCAGGUUAAACAUGACUGUUUUGCAAAGAGGUUCCAAUCUUUUAGUUUGUGUGAAAUGUAUGUUGUGGUUCAAAUUUUUCCUUGGUUUAAAAUUUUUCAAACCAGUUUAAUUUUUACUUUCCUUUGUCUAAAAUCAAUUACCAUAAUCAGAGACAAAGAAAAACAAAAAUUAAACUGGUUUGAAAAAUUUUAAACCAAGGAAAAAUUUAAACCACAACAUGUAUAGUCCGAGAUGUUUAUUGUCAAUUUUGUGUUGAAAUUAUUGCAACGUUUCAAAAGGUGACUACCAUUAUGGGACACUCCCUAAGUUACCAGGAGGAAUAAAUAAAAACUUGCACAAUCAAUUCUGGGAUUGUUUGGGUGGAAAAGCGUUAGUUAGGAUUAGCCAAUGGUAUCCCAUGGCAACCAUCAACCAAUCAUUUCUUACAUUGCCCCUCUUUGCGACCAAAGCCUGUCUCCAUUCUCCCUCCACUGAUAUUUUUCAGUGUGAGGGGUUCCUCUCAGUUUGUUUUCUUUUGUGUGGGGGCUCAUGGCUGGGUUGCGCUGUUGUGCCGACCAUGGUGGCCUUAUUUCAAUCUAGGGGGUGGCUGCCAAACGUGGAAGCCCCUGGAAACUCCAGGUACCCAACGUCCAUUUAGCAAUGCAGUUGUUAAUGGAGUGGAAAUAAAAACUACACAAAGUACGUGCAAGACGUUUUACCCUGAAGCUGUCGUGCUUUUUAAAUACUGAUUGAUUUCUCCUGUCAAUUAUUUCCUAUUGCUACUUGUAGAUCAUCUACUCUGCCAUCACGAGGAUGACACUAAAGCACUUCUAAUUAUUGUGAAGGUAUUUAAUAAUUUACGUUGUUUGGGACUGGUUGAGUAAGGAAUAGGCUUGACUACCUUCAAAAUGAUGGCUCUGGCAACGAAAUUGACAGUGGUCGUGGCAAUACUGUAACAACCUUGAAAUGGUAAUGGCACUAUCUCGACAAUAAUGUUUGUAGAAACGCUGUAGUGACAAUGGUAGCAUUGGUAAUCAUCGACGCAUAUUGAUAACGCCAUUGCUUAUUUUACUGUCUUAGUCAUAACUGUUCCCUCUGCAUCAUCUUUUUGCUUACUUUCUACAGAUCUAUGAUCAAUUAAUGCUCCACACUGGGGGACAAAGAGAUGAAUUCGACAACAGGUAAGAUAAUCUUCGUAGAGCGUUAUUCUUUACGUCUGUUCAAUUUUGUUAAAUGUAAAAAUGAUCAGUGCAACUCAAAUGUUUCGUUGUGUUGCUUUUACAGAUGGCGUAGUGCUACCGCUGUGAAGAGAGCAAUGGAAGAUAGAGUAUGUCGUAAAUAAGAAACUUGUGACAUUUAUUUUUCUUCUGUAACUGAUGAUAAAGAAAUAAAACGCAAAGUGGAAAAACUCAUGCACAUUUAGUUGGAGGUAAUGCAACAGAAGAUAAAACGCAAAUCCGAAUUCCAGCGAGUGAAUUAACCAUGCUGGAUCAGUCCUUAAAGUCGUGAUUAAUGAACACAGUCUAUCAUUUUUAAAAAUAUGGGAGGGAAGGUUGGGAUCAAAGAGACCGGAGAGGGGUGCUUAUUAGUGGAUUUACGGUAACUUAAGUAUACAUAAUCAGAAGGAAAAACAUGCAAAAAAUCUUUUGUUAUUCCAUUGAGGUAAGAGUACAGAAUGUGGCAAAUAAAAUACGAACAAGUAUAAAUGCAUCAUAUGAAAAAGGAUCAAAGUUUUACGUGCGUUCUACAGUAGAGUUUGUUUAGUUGGUUGUGAACCACAGUUGUCCAAGACAAGCCAAAAUGUUUUCUUUUUUUGGUUUAGGUGUGUUACUACUUUUUUCGCGCUAUUACUUAAUCAACACAUGGUCUUAAUUAUAUUAAUUUUUCUUUUAGCUUGCUGGGAAGAAGAAACAUGUAAGACCUCUGUUGAUCGAGAGGGUUCAGUUACAACAUGAGGUAUGCAGAUAUAGUUUUCUCAGACUCUUUGUCUCCCUAGGUGAACCAUUUGAAAUCACCUCUUGGGCGCGAAGGUCACCUUUACCUUACCUUACUCGAGGAAGGGAGAGCGAUGAUUGUAACAAGUACAUCAUUCUCAGUCCUUUAGAUAUGUAUCAGUUCCUGUAGUUCACAUCAUCUUCAUUCUAAUUCUUACUUUGUUUCCAGAUGCGCAUCCUUGAUCGUGUUUCAACGCAGUUAACGACUUUACACAAGGUGUUAUUGGACGAUUUGUUUAAAUUGGCAACGACAGUUUACACAGAGGUAUGUCUUUGGUUUGCUUUUGUGUCACUUUUCUUGCCCCUUUGUCUGUAUGUCUCCAUUUUAAAAGUUAAGUUCUCCGUGUCACUUAAUUAAAGCUGGAUUGCGCAGUUUAUUGGGCUUCUACCAGGGGAAAGAUUUUGUACGUCCGGCUAAAAGUGAAGAGGUGAAAAAGUAAAAGUCCGUCUGUAGUAAGCAUUCAUUUCAGCCAGAUAAAGUUGUUAACACGCUUAGCUAGUGCCACCCUUUUACAGUCUCCAUCUCGACAUAAAAGGAGUGAAACAGAAGGUAGCUGAGGCGCAGUCGUGUGCCUACUUGCUUGCGCUUUUUAAACCUAAACUCAACGGUCAGGUUUGGUCCAAAUUUUCUUCUUACCAUGUUGGCUGUAUUUGUCACAAGGUUCGUAUCAAAGCCCAGAGAGUCCUUUCUUCGUGCAUCGAGGUGUUUGAUUAUUUUGCUCGAACACUGAUUCCAACAACGUUGUCAAAGCUUCAGAACAGUCCAGACAUCUCCCACGAGGAAUUCAAGGUGGGUACUUCUAUGAGCAAGUGUUAUUGCGGGCGACAAGAGGAGCCUGCAAUCCUAAUUUCCAGGCUGUUAUCAGUUAUUACUAGGGAGCUUAAGCAAAGACGUUUUUGAGCGACGCACGUCAACCGGAAGUGAGGCCUUCUCCCUUUUUAUAUGCCUGGACACUACCAAAUUUGUAUUGCUGAGUUUCUUUUCUCCUAUGAAGACGAUUUACCUAAGGGUUUCAACCAAACCACAGCCCAAUGCUGCAAAAAGUCAACUUCCGGUUGACGUCCGUCGCUCAAAAACGCUGUUGCUUAAGCUCCCUACUGUCACAAGUUAUCGACGUAAAAUAUGGUUGCCUAACCUUUUAUACGGGAUCAGUCCACAUGAAGUGUUUCAGUCGUGAUUAAUCAAUACAGUCUAUCAUAAAAGAAUAAAUAGGGAUGGGAGGGGGGUUCAAAAGAGGUAAGGGGGCUUAAUAACUUUCUUCCCCGGAAAAGGUGGGCUUAUUAGAGAGGGUGAGGGGGGAGGGGGGUAUUUGAGAGGAGGGGAAGGGGAGGGGCGUAACAGAGGAUUAUGGUACAGUCAAACCGCGUUAAUACGGACAUUAAGGGAGCUUAAUAACUCACUUCCCCGGAAAGCGGGGGGUGCUUAUUAGAGAGGGGGAAAGGAGGGGCAUAACAGGGGAUUUAGGAUACAGUCAAACCCUGUUAAUACGGACACAGAGGGGACUUAAUAACUUUCUUCCUCGGAAAAAGGCAGGGGGGCUUAUUUGAGAGGAGGGGAAGGAGGGGCAUAACAGAGGAUUUAUGAUACAGUCAAACCCUGUUAAUACGGACACGAAGGGGGCCAUAAAAAGUGUCCGUAUUAACGGGAUGUCCGCAUAAGGCGGGUUGAAUUUAGAGAAAAUGUGAGGGCUUUUUUUCCCCCAGGGAUAAGGAAAACUGUCCGUAUUAACGAGGUGUCCGUAUUAAGAGGGUGUCCGUAAAGCGGGGUCCGACCCUAAUUAUAACAUCUUGUUUUUCUUUUUUUUCUACAGGGCGCGCUUUACGUGCUACUAAACAACCGCAUGCUCUUUUUGAUAGUACAUUACUGGGAAGUCAUGGUUGAUGUUUGGCCUGCGAUUGUUAAGGUAAUUGUUGUCACUGUUUGACAGCAGAUCAAUCAACGCAGUAGACUUUCUAAAAGUCCUUUUUUUUUUUCUUGGUUGGUUAUGCCAUUUUAAAGAACUUUUCAUACCUGUGUAGCGCGAAAUUCACCAGUCGAAAAUUCAACCGAUGACGUCAUGAUUAUUAACCAAUAGGACAGUGAGUGAUAUUUCACGCCGCUCCCGUUACAGCAUAUCUCCAUCAUUUUUUUUCGCGCGUAAAUUAAUAACAUUAUUCAAAACCAUUCAGGCGAAACAAGUCGACCUCGAGACUUCGUCUCUCGCUCGGUCGCUACGCGACCUCAUGCAUUGAAGCUCGCUUUGCUCACUUUUAAGAAGUUAUGAGAGGUCAACUUGUAGCAAGUCUAUCAACGCAGCAGUACCGACUUUUGUGUGGAUGUUGUUGUGUAAUUUCGUAUCUGUUUAAUUAAUGAUAGAGACUUUUAGAUUCGAGGACGAGUACGACUAGGAGGACGAGAAUUAACUCUAAGUUUUUCUUCUUGUAUUCUCUAAAAAAAGAAACCCCGGACAGCUUCACUGUACUUUCUUUUCACCAGGAAAGAUAGUACGUUUAUAUCCAUUGAAGGAUGUUACAUCUUCUCCCGAUCGCAGAACGAUACAAUUUCUGACAUUUGAUAACUUGUUUUUGCCACUACUACAUUCUCACUAAAACUCAUAGUAGAAUGACGACGGCUAUCACGUUUUCCCGGCAAAAUGACGAUGGUUCACGUGUGCGCACUACUUAGUAUUGGGAAAAUCUCGUUCUCUUAGUCGUACUCGUGUUAGAAUCUAAUGGUCUCUAAUGUAUUGACCGUCAGAAUAGUAAUUUUUGCUGUUAAUUAAAGUGCAAUGUUUGAUUUACGACAGUUUUAUUUUCCUCAAGCCGCCUUUUGAUGCAAUAACACUUAAGUUGCUUAAAGAUACCAGUCAGAGACCAAAGUAAGGCUAGAAAACCUCACAAGAGAUUAUCAACAACCCAUUUCUCUCAACUGGCACGUUGGUAACAGUUAGGGAUAAGUAGUGUGAAUUAACGCUUUGACUUGGUCUUUGUUUUUAGGCUGAUCAUUCUGAAAAACCUUCUAUUAUUACUCUGACCACCAUGCUUGCCGAAAAAAUGGUGAAAAAAUACGACACAGUGGCUAUAAGCAGAGUGGUAAGAUAACAGUCUUUUAAAGUAAUCAUUCACAUCUUUACUACCUGGAUAGUCUGCAUAACCGAGGUUAUUUCUUCGCGUUUUUCAAGAGAGUAAAGGAAAGCGCGAAGCGAGCGAGGAGAGGCAGACACGCGCGACGGGGCGAGGCGCUGGUGCUCCACGCUCGCUUCGCGCUUGCCUUCGAUCUUCUGAAAAACGCGAAAAAGUAACCGCGGUUAUGCAGGUUACUACCUGGAACACCCUCAAUCUACCUUAAAAGUGACAGUAUGUUAAGAAAAGCAUUAUAGGAACUUCGUUUAGCAUUUCAUUUCUCGUUUAGCAUGUGAAAAGGAGAAGGUCCUGUUCUCAUUACGGUCGUUAUCAUUUAUUGUCCCGCAAUAUAAUAAACAGCACCGCACCAUAGCAAUUCUUGGAAGUGUUUACACCGUAAGGAUUUCAUCCACAGACUCAAAAGUUAGAACCACCUUGUACAGUAUAAUAAACAGUACUACAGGAAAGCACUGCUCAGUAGCUUUCAUUCGAAUGAUCACACUUUAGGACUUCAAAUUAAAACCACCUUUAUAUAGCGAAAUGAGCCUUAGCUGUGUUUUGUUUCAAGGUGACCGAUGCAGCAGUUGAACAAGCUAAGAUGCUUUUAACUUCAACUGGCCCAGAACCACGCACCUGCCUAAAACAACCCAUCAGUGCAUCAGACUCACCUCUUCCAAGCGAGCUUCAAAUAAAAGAGAGCGUAGAAGUUUGGAAUAACACCCGCGAAACUAAUCUCAGGUAUAAACACCAAUUCCCCACUUUAGAACACGAGAAGGGGACUGGAGCCGAAAUGCGUCGCGCAGUUGUUUCUGGGAUCGUUCCUGGGGACGCGCUGGUCAGCUAUUGGCCAAAAUUUUUCUCAUUGUCCUUAGUAACAAUCCCAGAAGUCUUUGCGAAAGUUAACUCGUCCCAGUUUGCCUCUCGUGUCUAAAGAUGCGAAUUUUAAAAACAUGAAAGGGCCUGUGUUACAAGAUUUACCAAAAUUCAAAACCAAGUUGAAGAAACGUACAAAUUACUGCUCAAAACAUUAAAACGUGUCGUAAAUAACGCAACCUAUACAAAAGAAGUUACGGAUGGGCAGAUUGUGAGAAGAUUGAGACGGAUCGCAAUUGUGGUUUUGGAGAACCUUCUAGCGUAAUAGGUUUUUAAAGUUCCUUUUUUGCUCUGUAACGUUUGAUAUAUGCUUUGGAGCCAUGUUUGUUUCAGAUCAUAUGAAGUGCUGAUCUUGUCAUUUGUAAGUUAUUUCUAAGGAUAAGUUUCAUUGCGAUAAGGACGUGUAAUUGGUAUUUUUAACAAAAUUUGCGAGACCAUUUGAAGCUAAUUUCCUUGUGAAACAGGACUGCGUCCAUAGUAUUCAUGCCUUUAAUAAAAGCUCUUUCUUUGCAGAAACUUCCAACAGCUAGUGAGCACAUUAAUUAAUUUGCUGGACACCGAUAGUCUGUAAGUUGCAGCAUUAUUCCAAGCAUUAAGUCAUAGCUUAUAGCAACAAUAUAUACAUACAGUUGCAUAAAGUUGAAGCGGUUUUAUUUAAUUGGUCAAGCCACAGGAUUUAGUACAUAGACUCAAUAUUUAGAAUUACUUGAUGCUGCACAAUAAACAGCAUCACAGGAAAAUACUGCUCAGUCGCUCUUGUUUCAAUGGAAGACACUUAGGAUUUCAUCCACAGACUCACAAGGUAGAACCACGUUGUACAACGUAAUAAACAGUACCACAUGAAAUUACCGCUCAGUAGCUUUCAUUGGAAUGGUCACACCGUAGGAUUUCGUCCAGGUUCACACGUUAGCACUACUCUUCAUGUCCUCCGUAUUGACUCUGUGACUGAAAGCAUCAGCAACACACUUUUCAGUCAAGUUGCAUCUGUAUGACUUUCUGCCCUUUCCAAACCCAACCCCAUUAGCCUAAGUAUCAUUAUACUUUUCGGGGAAUCUGCCCACCUUCUCCUCCCCUAAGCCAAUAUUUUGCCCUAAGUGAGAAGUAAGUGUUAAUGUUGGCUUAGGCGAGGGAUAUCUGGGCAGUUUCCCAGAAGUGUAUGACCGCUCUCCAAUAUUAUUUCAAAGUAAGGCACUCCAGACAGCUACUUGUUUUUCUUGUCAACGCGUACUAAUAAUCUACUCUUGUUUAUUUAUAAUGUAGUCGAAACUAUUCUCUGUUGUUUCCGUUUCAGACGUUGGCGUUAUCUUCAAAUUUGCUUUAAUUUUGUGAAAUUAUUGAUUCGUUAUGAUGUUCCACUGCCGGCCAGUGCUGUGAAACUCUGCGUAAAAUUUCUCAAUCACGAUGCCUUGGCAAUUCGAAAGGUAAGUGCGACCCUUAACUCGCACAUUCUAAGGGAAAUGCCGGCUUGUGAAAUCCAGCUAAUAUAUUUUUGCUGUGGAAUUUGGAAUCCUGGGCUUUGGAAUCCGGAAAACAGCUCAAGAAUUCUGGAUUCCCUCUAACGAUUGGAAUCCGCAAUCCGAAAUCCACUGUGUAGAAGCCAGAAUCCAAGACUGUCUUGGACUGUCUUGGAUUCCCUUACAUGAUUCGACUUAUCGUUUUAUAAUUAUUAUUUUGCCUACAAUGUUUCUCGUCCGUUUUAGGUGGCAAUAGAUGCCGUUGGUGCAAUUCUCAAACAGCAGAAGCGACCACACGUCAAAAUAGCUGUUAACCCAUACUCCGUUGGUAAGGUUGGAAUAAACAUUGAUAAUAAUGCGAUGCAUGUGAAAUCACCUCUGUACGCGGCCCCCUCUAAACAGCCAGCACCUAUUUAAAAUACCAAAAUGAGUUUUCGGAAUUUCCUAUUAAACGUUCUUUAGGGAAAAUCUAUCUUAUGUGAUCACGAAAACUAGGCAUUUUGGGUGAUUUUGGACUGUAUAACUAAUUCCAUAACUGGAAAGAACGAAAAUGAAAUAAACGUAGAGCAUAUGAUCUAUUCCUUAACGCCCUUAUGCGUCUUUUUGCUCUCUCUUGGCUUCUUUGGACUCACUGUUGAUGCUUUAAUUUUUGUGUUUAAAGCUGGCCUACCAGAACCUACCUCAACAGUCAUCCAGCCUGGAGAUCGGGAAGAUAAUAGAUGGUAAGGUGCUCACUACACGUCUUAUUUCGUACAUUUCCUUUAACAAACGUCUAGAUAAUUUGUUUUCUUUAAAAUAUGUUUUAAUGAAACUCUUCCAGAUGAUCUCGUCCGCAUUCUCACGAAUUCCCCCUCAGUUGCUUUUAAAUUAUUAGAUAUUGUCGUCGUUGUGAUCGUAAUCAUUGUCGUCAUCAUCAUCAUCAUCCUCCUGACCACCAUCGUCACCAUUAUCACCAUCACUGGCUGCAAAAAGUACUCGAAAUGAAAAAUGUUGCUCGAAAUACGAACUUUUGCCAAAAAGUUAAUUAUCAUCGUCAUCAUCAUCAUCAUCAUCAUCAUCUUCAUCAUCAUCACCACCUCUAUUUCCCCCGCACCACCACCACCAUCAUCACCACUGCCAUCAUCACCAUCAUCAUCAUCAUCACCACCAUCAUCAUCACCACCACCCCCACCAUCACCACCACCACCCCCACCACGACCACCAUCAUCAUCAUCAACACCACCACCCCCGCCACCACCCCCACCACCACCACACACUAUCAUCAUUAUCAUUAUCAUCACCCCCACCACGACCACCAUCAUCAUCAUUAACACCACUACCCCCGCCGGCACCACCACCACCACCACUACCACCACCACUAUCAUCAUCAUCAUUAUCAUCACCCCCACCACGACCACCAUCAUCAUCAUCAUCACCCACCCCCGCCGCCACCACCACCACCACCACUACCACCACCACUAUCACCACCACCACCACCACUACCACCACCUUUAUCAUCAUCAUCACAACCACCACCCCCACCAUCAUCAUCAUCAUCAUCAUCACCUACCACCACCACCAUCAUCAUCAUCGUCAUGGUCACUCCAUCACAAUCUUUGAUUAUUAGAACUGAGCAUGUUUCGUUGAUUCUUCCAGGUUGCAUUACUCCUCAAGUAAUGUCCCAAAGAAUAAAAAAGAAUGGGAGAGCUGUGUCUUCAUCGACAAAACACACUGGGGUUACUACACUUGGCCAAAGUAAGCAAACGUGAAAAGCGGACGAUUGUUUUUUCUUUCGGUAUAAUCGAUCAUAUCUAUGUUCUCGGUAAUAAAGUGGACCUAAGUAAAUUAGUCGAGGCUGAUGCUAAGGAUUAUCUGUAUUUAAAUAGGUUUUCUCACCUACCCCUCCCUUAAGCGAACAUUAACACUUACUUCUCACUUAGGGCAAAAUGUUGGCCUAUGGGAGGGGUAGGUGGGCAGUUUCCCAGAAACCUAAAUUGAUCUGUGUUCUCAAAGGCCUAUGAAAAAGAGAUUUCUAAGCGCUUGGUGGCUUCAGAAGUACCACCUAUUUACAACCUGGUGGGUAGCUCGCGGAGUAUUACAUGCCGUUUUUUCUCAUUUAUAUAGGAAACUGCUGACCUAUGCGCCAGUAGACCAACAGCCUCCUCUAGGUCGAACACGUGAUCAACUUUCAGAGGUAAGAAUUUGAUCUUUUGGCGGUGUGCACACGAGUUCGAAAACAUACAAACGUUUGAACAGCUUCCGUGCACAUGAGAAUAGCCUAGAAAUAGGAAUAGAAGCGAGAAGGGGAGACAGCAAAGGGAGAGAAACUUCCCCUCCGCCAUCUAAAAUCUCUACUCGCCAAAACCUUAAGGAAGGCCUAAUAUUCAACUCGAGAAAGAUAUGUUUUCGUUUACGAAUUUGUGCACUCUGGAGUUUUUUUUCGCGAUAGUUCUUGUCUGCACGAAGGCCAUAAACUCAUAAGUUAAUACACAUUUGCAAGACUGGCGUAGCUUUUGCAGAAUGCAUAUCCCAGGGAGUUCUAAUCUCCCUAGAGGAAGGCUGUCCGCCUGUUUACAAAUUUUUUAACGUUUGCCAUAAUAUUUUGUUUUUGGUAAAUUCUUUUCAGGAAGAACAACCAAUUUACGAUGCUUUCAGUCAAGAAGAAUUCAUGUCAAAAUUCAUUGCGUUUCUGUCCUUGGAAGAUAGGAAGGGCAGAGACAAAUUCAAUGUGCAUCGAUUUGUACUUUUUAAGGUAAUGUGAUUUUGUUUAUGUUAUAAUAAGGUGAACAAAAUGCUCUGCAGUCGUCCUCAGUGGCGGAUCCAGGAGAGCGCCCCCUCCCUUAUUUUUAGACCAAACUGAGGCUCGAAGAGCCGAAAAGAAAUGUUUUAGACACCCCCCCCCCCCCCCCCCCUUAUCUGAAGGUCAGUAUCCGGCACUGGUACUUCCCAUCUACUUUUUGCUUCAUCAUUCCUAAUACCUUCACUUCAUGCUGGUCCAGUCGUGUUGUGCGUCAAUUAGCAAUCUCACCUGACACGAGCAAGGAAUUCUGACGACUACCAUUAUUUACCAUAUAUCUUUCUUUGCAGGGUCUUUUCAGAAACUUUGACGACACGUUUUUUGAUCUACUCAAGCCUCAUCUUGAACGUCUUUGUAUAGAUCCCCAGGUAAGCUUAAGUUGACUUGACAUCUCAUGAAUGGUGAGUUACCGUAAAAUUCCGAAAAUAAGCCCCGGGGCUUAUAUUUUUCAAAGGCCCUUUUUGAAGGGCUUAUUUUUGGAGGGGCUUAUAUUCGGAGGGGCUUAUCUUCGUAGGGAAAUUUGCGUUUCGAAAUCGAUUGGGCUAAUCUUAUAAAUGGAAGGAAAUUUACCGUUUUUUCUUUGUAUUUUAGGGCAAUUUCCGAGUACAAGAUAUUUGGAGGGGCGAUUUAACGAAGGGUUUUCUACGUUACGGGUUUGGGGGGCUUAUAUUUGGAGGGGCUUAUUUUCGGAAUUUUACGGUAUGAGGUCAGUGUUAAGUAGGGGUUUUUUGUUGCUGUUGCUGUUGUUUAAAAACGUGGCAACCUCUCGGAUUUCACCUUGGCGGAGGUGACCAACCUCGUUCCCAGGUUCCACUCCUGCUCGUUCCCCUUUUACGGGAGUAACAGUGGACGCUGGGAACGAGAUUGGUAGGUGACCAUCUGAAUGAAAACUAAUAGUGUACCAUCCAUUGUUGUUUUCAUUUUUCAGGAGAGCAGUCAAAGAUGUGCUGUGGAAAUAAUCGCCGCUGUCAUCCGUGGAUGCAAACACUGGAGUUACGAGAAGGUUGAAAAUCUGUGGGAUUUUCUUUUACCACUUCUUAGAAAGGCCAUCUUGGCUGUGAACGUGGAGACGUUAGAGGACUGGGGCACGUGUAUGGCAACCGCUGUGGUGAGAAGCUGUUUUGUAACCGUAACGAGAAGGGAAAUGGGGCCGAAAUUUGUCCCGCAAGGGCUUCUGGGAUCGUUCCCGGGGACGCGCCGCUCGGGUAUUGGGCAAUUUUUUCCAUGUCUCUAGUAACAGUUCCAGAAGUCUUUGCGAAAGUUAACACGGUCCAGGUUCUUUCUCGUGGCUAAAAAUCUAGAUUUCAUUUCUUUUGUAGGAGAGUCGUGAUCCCCGGCGCAUCCAUCGUUUCCUAGAAAUGCUGUUAGAAGAACCUUUGGACGAUCAACGUGGCUCGUUCUCUGAUUCGAGGUGAGAAGAGUUUAGACUGCUUCGAUCCACUGUUUUUUUUUAAAUUUGGAAAUCGCUUAGACCGGAACUGAAUGUGUGCAGGAUGUUAUCAGAGAGUCGGACUGAAAAACUGCACGGACCAAUUCUAUGUAUCCGUUUUAGGAAAGUUUCCAGUUCAGUGAGAGUUGAGUGCUGGGUGGCCUGUGGUAAUAGAAGGGUCUUUGGUUGCAGUUACUGAUGCCUAUGUUCGUGGCUUUGUUUCUUUUCAGUCGUUUGUAUUUCAUUCAAGGAGCGCUCUGUCAACAAGAAUGGAGAGUUCCUGAGCUGCUUCACCGGUUGUUGGGCGUCAUCGAGUCCCACCUAAACCAUCCUUACAAAAACGUACGCGAUCGGCUAGGAAGGUAUGUACUGAGAUUGUUUGAAUCUCCAUAUAGGACAUCCAGACCAUCUUAUUUAUUCCGUGCUGUAGCGACCCUAAUAGUCUAUUGUGUGGAUCAGACACGUAAGCAACUUUUUUUCAUCUUUUGUAGCGUACUUUGUAGCGCGAUGAUGUAUGACCUCAACUUGCCAAACUGCACACAGACGCAAUCUCCAAACCGGAAGGAGUUUGUCAGCAAAGUACUUCCUCAGUUGACAGGGCUGCAGGAACUGGCACGAGAGAAGGAGAUCAUGGGCGGAAGUGACGUCAGUACAGAAAAUGAGGAACGUUUCGAUAAGGAGGAAGUGAAGGAUGGGUCUCGUGAGAGCGACGAGAGAAAGGAGGCUAUCAAGCGCUUAAAGACAAGUAAGUAGAAGGUUAAUGACAAUUUUGUGUGGGCAUCUGUAGUUCUCUGAAUCAAAAUGGCAGGCUACAACACUGAACCAUUUCUCCACCUGAGUUGCCGUAAAGAGAAUCGAGAAAAACAGAGACCUUUACAUUCGAGGACGAGACAAGAUUCAAUUUCAAGUUUUCUUCGCGUAUUCUUUAAAAAAUGUAAACCCAGAAAGUUCCAUUGUACUUUUUUUCAACAGAAAAAAUGAACACAGUUAUCUUUAUUGAAGGAUUUUAAGCCUUCUCUCGUUUACAAAAUGAUCAAACGUGUAACAUUUGAUAACUUGUUCCCACCACUACUAUUCUCGUAAAAAUCCGGAGUAGAGUGACGGCGGCUACCACGUUUUCCCGCCAAAAUAAAGUUGUUUCACGCGUGCGCACCACUUGGUAUUGAGAAAAUCUCGCUCUCGUAGUCGACCUCGUCUUAGAAUUUGACGGUCUCUAACGCCUGGUGAAUGACAUCGACUAAAUCUAGGUGUCCCUUUUUGUCUUUUUUGUUGUAGUGACGAACUGGCUUUUAUCCCAUGCCGUUCGUACCCUUCACAGUUGUCCAGAGGAAUUCUUCGACCUUUUACCUGUGGUGAGUACAUGUUGUAAAAGUCAAUUCGCCCUCGUAUAUGAUGGAAAAACGCCGUUGUUUAAACGGUACGGAAUAACUCUCAAUUUGCCACUGGGGGUGGGCGAUAAAUAAGGGCGAAGUCAAAAAGGUUGGUUUUACCAAAUAAAAUCCAAUUUUUUACUCUCCUAUGGACGCAAGAACGCAAUUAAACUAACUUCUUAUCGCACCUUUUUUUUCAGAUUAUACUAUUUGACUCGCAAGAAGACGAUCCCGAGCUUCAACACUACUGUCAUAGAGUAUGUAUAGAAACUUUACUGCUACCCUGUUUUUGCACUGGAACGUGUUUCUUCAUUAGUAGUAAUUUCAUGAUAUUUUUACCCUAUGGGGUGACUUCCAUAAUAUGGUCUUGACGUAAUAAUUUAAACGCAAAAGGCAGUGUUUCAUACGAUAUCUAGACACUGCAAAAUGCGUUGUAAAAGACCGUCUUGGACGCGUCUGUCGCUUAAUAGGGACUUCAAGAUCCAACGACGCAGACGGCAAAGAGAACGUCAGAAAAAAAGAAACAAAAGUUCAAUGAGCAAAACAACAACUUUGCACGUGGAUCACGCUCUUUUGUACAUUUCUUUCCUGUUUUUGCACCACUUCGACGUGAAAAUGCCUAAUUUCGCGUUUUGAGGAGGACGUAAACAAGCAACGACGAAAUUUUAUUUCUCUUUCUGAGCUUGAAUAUGGUCACUUGAAAUUCAGCUUCAGAAGGGUUCGCCUACAUUUGACAGAGUAAGUGGUUAGGAAUAAUCGCUGUAAAGACUAAAAGAACGCAAAUUCACUUUUUAUGCGACAGUCUCGUUACCGUCGCGUCGUUGGAUCUUAGAGUUCCUAAUACCACCCUGUUAUCAGAAUCUUUCUUUCGCUUGGUUGAUUUUGGCGAAUUCUAGAAAGACUCUACAUGAAUCGAGUAAGAACUUUGUUGAGCAUGCGCCGAAUGUUGCUAGAAUAGAGUCUCAAACCCAGGCCUAAAUGAUAGCUUAGGGGAGGGGUAGGUGGGCAGUUUCCCGGAAACCUUAAUUGAUGGAUGUUUUUUCCCUCUUCUUGGCAGACUAUUGCUUACAUAUCCCAAACAGAGCUACCUUUGAGCAUGGUACCGCUGGCACUACAGACUGUCAAGCAAGUAGGUUCAUUGUCAUGUUUAUUUUACUAGUGUAAGGUUCGGUUUUGUUCUUUAACCAGGGGAUAAUUGGACAUAAAUCCCCUAGUUCGGCGAUUUCGUUGAAGGAAAAUAAAACAAACUUACUCUACAAUAGUAGUAAUCUUAUAUGAAUAACUGCGUUUAACAUUUAGUAAAACACAAAAAGUACAUUAAUCUCUCCAACUAUAAACUGUAGUUUUAUUGCAUCACAAAGUAACCGAAACUCUUAGUAAGGGAUUACCCUAAAACAGCCGUUAUGCAACAAAGUAAAAUACAAAAAAAAAAAAAAAAACAAACAAACAAAUAGUCACCUCAUUUUUUGUUGGUUGCGGAUAAAACACGGUGAUGGUAAAUUCUUAGGGGAGUUGUAUUCGGAUAAUUGAUAUUCACUCAGUGACACAAGGAAUAAAACACAACUUGUCCCAAUAGGAGUCUGGCAAACCUGUGACCCUCUGGUUACCAGUCCAGGUGCUCUACCACUUAGCUAUAAGAGACUCGUGGGAGCCAAUAUCAGGUUUACUCACUAAGUUCUGUUCAUUACAGAAGUGUUCUUGUUUUAUUGUAGCUGGCCAGUAAUGCCCUGUGGCAUCCAAGGCGAAGUGUAUUGGAGUAUCUACAAGUCAUGAUCUUUGCCAACCUGUUUGCUAUUACCAGUACCCCGCAGCACAUUCAGGACGUGAAAGAAAUGGUGCUGAGUCUUUUAGAAGACGAGCAACUAGAGGUAUUGUUUAUUGUGCUGUGCAUGAAAUCAACUGAAAUUGUGGCCAUUCAAAUGAAAGCUUCUGAACAGUGCUUUUCUGUUAUGCUGUUUAUUAUGCUGUAAAAGGUGGUUCUAACUUUUGAGUUCAUGGAUAAGAUUCUAUGGUGUGAUCAUUCAAAUGAAAGCUACUAUAAAACACUUUUUCUUGUGCCGCUCAUUGUGCUGCGAAAGGUGGCUCUAACGUUCUUUCAAGUCUGUGGAUGAAAUCCUAAACUGUGACCAUUCAAAUGAAAGCUACUAAGCAGUAUUUUCUCUGUGGUUGAAAUCCGGCAGUGGCACUCUCUAGUCAUGCUGCUAUUUAUAAUAUUGACCUGCCUGAGUAUAACUUUUGAGUCUCGCCUUCGGUUGAAACCCGAUAGUACGACAAUUCCCGGGCGCUAACGGGUAGCUUUACUUUUUCCGCCGUUUCUUAUGCAGUGGAGACUAUCCAGUACUACUCUUCAAGCUUAAUUGUAUAUUUUUCUCUCUUUGGCAGGUUCGAGAAAUGGCAGCCGUGACAUUCAGUGGUCUCGUUCAUUAUGGAUUUCUUCAGCUGGACGACAUACUUCAGGUGUGAAUGGACGUGGUUGAACAUUUCCCGAUGUGCCUUUCCCAGCAGUAUAGACUUUUCAUUUUGAUGUUUUACGUACCGAGAUAAAUGCGGUUACACUCAAGUUUGUAUCCCCAGCGUUGUCUUUUGCUGGAAAUUAGCGAUCUAACCUGAGGUUAAAUUUUAUUCAAACGUUGGAUAUGGUUAUCCAACGUUUGAACAUUUUUCGGGUACUUUUCUUUGUGCUUUUAAGCCUUCAAAUGGAUGAGUAUUAGUGAAACCGAUUGCGUUAUCAACUGCGUUAUCCAUCCAGUGGAUAGCGUUAUCAAGAUUUCGAACAACUUAGCCCUGAUUGGUUACUUUAAUUUUUUUUUCGACCCAUGUAAGGGAAUUCGGAUUCCGGAAUCCAAGACUUCUUGCUUUCAGAAAUCCGAGGUAUCUAGCUAGCACUCAUGCGUGGCGGCUUCCUUGAAUAGUUUUUACCGCUCCACGUCCUACGGAAUGUUAAACUCGUCGCAGCUGGGUCCAAUUUUUUGUUGCGUCAAAAAUGCCUUACCUUUCGGGAAAAAAGGCUUGUCGUAAACAAAAUAGGAAUCUAAAUUAGCGAGUAAAUCAGUGGAAUGUUCCCCUCUGACGUUACAGAUUUUUCCAUAAUACCCACUUACAGACUUUUGGUGAGAACAGUUUUAAUCCUGUGACCUCAAAUCAGCCAACAACGGAGCGCGCCGUUGGUGAAAAAUCCCUGCUUAUAAGUGUUGUUUACUGCUCUUUAGAAACAAUUUACCAAGAUGGCGAACACCAAACUCAAGAAGAAGAAAAAAGGUGUAAUAGGUGUCAACGGAUUCAACAAUGACGCAGGUAAUACCCAAGUUGUAUGUGACAUUUUAGUGGUCGGAGGACUGACCAAUUAAAAUGCCGCCUUUCUUUAGGGGUUCCGCUGACCGAAAGCGCAGUGUUACAUUUUUAACUUGUAAUUGGGUGUUUUCCCCAUUCCCUAUUGUUGAAAUGGUGAACAUCAAAAAAACAAUGAAUCAUUCCGUGUUAAAUAGGAAAACUGACUGCUACACUGGACAGAAGCCCAGUGUAAGGCGAACAUCAGUUCCCGUUUAUUCUAUACAAAUACACACACUCGGGUACUGCAAAGGCAGUGAAGCAGGAAAAAUGGAACAAGCUCCAAGUAUAAUAAUUUGAUCGAUAAUGUAAUAAAGAUGAUAUCGUUAGACGGAUACUUUCUUUCUCAGUCCUCAUUUUAAAACUUGGUUUGUCUGUUUGUAAGCAUUCUUGUCCUUGUUAAUUUUAACCAACUGACCGUGCUUUUCACUUACUUGAGUCUUUUUCUUUCCAGCCUUGAUCCACCGUCACGCCGGAGUGCUGGGCCUCGCAAGUUGUGUCCAAGCCUUUCCAUACGACGUCCCCUCUUGGAUGCCACAAAUUUUGCUGGAUCUUGGCGAGCAUCUGCAUGACCCGCAUCCAAUACAGGUAAGGCGGUUUGCCCUCGUCCUCCAUAAAACGUGACAUUAGGACAUUUCACGUCGUAGCUGAGAGAGGACGACGACGAAACGUAUCAAAACUAAAAAAAAGUGUGACGUGUAUUGUUUUUGUCGAUGCUGUUGCCUUCUUCGUCGUUACAUAAGCUUUUCUUAUUUCUCACCUCCCCCCCCCCCUUUCUUUCUCUUCUUUUCCUUUUUUUUUGCUUUUUUCUUCUCAUUAUCAUCGUCCUCCCUCUUAUCAUCAUAACCACAGUCUUCCUUCUGCUCCUCCUCCUCCUUCUCCUCCUCCUUGUCGUCAUCAUCAUCAUCAUCGGUUUCUUCGUUAUCAUCAUUAUUAUUGUCAUCAUCAUCAUCAUCAUCAUCACUAUCCUCGUCGAUGUCAGUCGGUCGAUCUUGUAAUAGAAGCUUCCCGUUUCUUACCUCCAUCUCUACCUCUAUUCAUAAACCUAAAAAUGAUCUUAUUGAUGCCUUUUUUCUUGGUAAAGAAUGAUUUAUGUUAUUCUUUUGUAGGGGAAUAAGGGGUGCGGGAUGGCGGAAGAGAGUUUAUAAAUAGAGCUAGAAAUAUAACAAUUCAAAAAUACGUUUUUAAGAAUUAGGUGUACUUCGCUUAUCGUGUGUGUUUUUUUUGGCUUAUGUAGGCAACAGUAAAGAAAGUGAUGUCGGACUUCCGUCGAACUCACCAUGACAAUUGGCAGGAACACAAGCAAAAAUUCACUGAGGAUCAGCUUUUGGUGCUGACAGAUCUUUUGGUCUCGCCAUGUUACUACGCUUGAAUGGCUCGAGUUGCUUUGAACGAAAACUCCACAAAGGACUCAGCACUGACAUCUGCUGAUGACAACAGAACUGUUUCUUCUGCAAAACACGUUGCUCUUGUCAUAAGAAGCCCUUCUGACAAAUUCCAUCUGCGUUCAAGAUCCCUUUUUUCCCACGAUAAUUGCCUUGUAUUGAAGGAGUUUUUUCUUUUGUCGUUUUGUUGUCGUAUGAUCAACUGCUGAAAGUUGUGAUGUUAGCAUGCGUCUUUUCUACACCUGGUUUGGGUCACGCAAGCAGGUUCUGUGGAAAGUCACGCUAUAUAUUUUGGUUCCAGUUUUGAAAACGCAAUACUUGCUAAGUGCGUGACACAGACACUCCAGUAGCCAUGCAGUCACCUUAAGAGUUACAGUCACGCAAAUCCGUUGUCACGCGCUUGUAUCAACACUGUCUAAUCUUGUUAAGGGGACACAUCGCUUUUCGACAAUUUGAAGUUCGUUUUAGGAUAGAACUCAAGCCAUUGGCAACAAAAUCGGUCAACUGACCACAUUGAAGCUGUAGAAUAGAAUGAUUUGUAUCAUUUGUAAACCAAUGGUCUUUUGAUGCUCUGUGCAGCUUUAUGGUUUUAUGAUUUUUUGAAAGGUAGCGAGGUCCUCAUCUCUGAAGAGUUCCCAUAGUCUUGAAGAAUUAAAGAAACUUUUCAAAUUUUAUUUGUAAAUUUUCCAAAACGAACAUAUUCAUAUAUGGCUUUGAAAGGGGUUUUAUUUGAAUGGUAUCAUUGCAGAAUUUCUUCCCUAUCUGACCCUUAGUCUGAAGCUUUAGAACUACUUAACUAGUCUACACUUUGGAAGAAAAGAGAACAGUUAUUUAAGGGUAAAGAUAUUAUCUAAGGUCUUUACUUUAUUAUUCAGAGCCACAGAUUUAUUUACUGAAAAUGUUACAGUUUACUUUUGUAUUAAAGUAAAACGCAUGGCCACCUUUUAUACCCUCCCCCCUCCCCCUAGUGCUGUCCAAAUCUUGAACAACUGACUGAAAAAAUGGACUGUUUGUUGGAGAUAAAUAAACGGUAACACAACAUUUUUGGUACUCGACAGCUGGCUAAAGCCGCCAUGGACAGGCGAUAUGAAAUUAAAAGCUUCUUUAGCCUUCCACGCUGACGCAGACGUUUCUUUCCCGCUUGACGAAGCCCUAAGAACGUCGGUGCGCAUGGGAGGCUAAAGAUUGCAAAAAGGUUGCAAAUUUAGCUGUUUGUAUCGUUGAGGACCUUUCGACAUGGGCUGGAGACGUGUUUCCAGCGCGAGGUCUACGGAUCAGAUGAUACGAAAAUAGCUCAGUGAUAGUGAGUUUCCAGCAACUUCCACUUCAACCGCUCUGCAAACCUCCAGACAAAUCAUUUCUUUUCGACGCUUUGACAAGAUUUUCCGAUUAGAUAAAGCCACAUUCGAAAUAACGUUCCAAAUUUAACUUAACAAUAUAAUAUAACAAGAAAUUCCGCAGUAAUCGCUCGGUGUUUCAACUGGUAAUCUAAUAUAUAGAUUUAGCCAGGGCUAAAAGCGAAGCUCUCUUUAAUAUUUAUAGUUUCCUCAAAGAAAACAACUUUGCACGUGCAGCACACUUAUUUUGUAGUUUUGCACGUGAAACUUCUUUUAACUUCCUAUUUACUCUUUUUAUGGAGGAAAUGUUUGUGUCCCUGUUCAUUCUGUUUACGUACUGCCGCUCAUUUUACUUUGGUAGCCGCUAGCAUCUCUCAUUUUCUAACCGCCGCUAUAUGAUUUUCAUGUUUUUC